GAAACAUUUACGCUUCGGGAUCUCGACACAGUAGCCGUUUCUCAAUGUCAAGGAUACUUCCUUGGCAGGACUAGUCCUUACAAGUCACUUCCUUCAGAGGCGAGGCGAGGCUCCUUUUAAGCAUUCGGAGAACACGUUAAAUGGAACAGGCUAGCAAGUGCACGUCAUUACGUCAUUACGUGAUUGAAAGGUGUGCUUUCGGUGCUGCGCGCAGAGGACUGUGGGUGAUUUCAGCGCGUGAAGAGCGCGAAGGAUACAAAUUUGCAUCCUUUCCUGUAUAUGGGAUAUUUGUCGAACGAAGGACUCAGUCCUUGGCUGAAAUUUCGAGGAUCCUCUACAUUGGAACAGUCCUUCGACGGACGUCGAUGACGUAGCAUCCUCGAAAUUCUAGCUUCCGAGGAUCCUUCCUUGACAUUGGGAAACGGCUAGUGUCGAAACGUGAGUUUCGCGGGAGCCAUCCCUAGCUCAAGCUUCACCGAGGCAGAGGUGAAGGACGCAUGACGUCAUUGCCGACCAAAGCGGAAGUGAAACCAACAACAUCAUAAGAAGUGGCAAACGAACGAAACGACAGCUUAUAAAAAAGAAAUGUUUGUUUUUAAACAUAUCGAUGAACGCAUCCUUGUUCAUCCUAAUAUAAGGAAUCGCGUUAUUUGAACAGGUGACGCCAGGAGGAAUAAAACAUUUUCUUAAAAUGCACUGCGUGGCAGACAAACAUCUAGAGUGCCCAGGAGUCUUUCAGAGACCCCCUGAUGAAGAGUCGUGUGAUGAGGAUAUGGACACACACGAGGCGAAAUGGCACUGGUUUUACCUCGCCGAGUGUGGUGUUUGGCAUAUGUUUGAAGAGGUUCCCAGCUCUGGUUGUUCUGUCACCAGUGAGCAAAUUGAACAGAACUACACAAAAAACCAACAUGGCUCAAUGGACUUCUAUACUGCAAAAUAUACAUAUAAAUUAGACUUUACUGCUAUGAAACAAGUAAAUAUGACAACUGGAAAAGAAAGGCCUAUCAAAAGAGCAUUAAAUUCAGUUACUGAUUUUAGAUUCAUCUGUGAUAAUUUGGCCCUCCCUGUUCCCAGUCACUGGGAAAAAGUUAAUACAGAUGAGCCCUAUCAGUUGAUUGCUUUAAACAGAGAUACAUUUGAAUACAAAGAAGUGGCCCGGUUAUACGAGAGAACCAUGAAUCAACCCCUCAAAUCCAUUCAGAGAAUACAGAACCUGGACAUGUGGGAGUUUUUCUGCAGGAAGAAGGCCCAGCUGAGAAAGAUCAAACGUGUUUUAGACGUUGAAGAAAAGAUGCUUUUUCACGGAACCGGUCACAGCAACAUACAGGCCAUAUGCAAGUACAACUUUGACUGGCGUCUUACUGGAAGCCACGGUGAUGUCUAUGGCAAAGGAAGCUAUUUUGCCCGUGAUGCCAAGUACUCCAGCAAGUUUUGUCAUUCGACAAGCAAACACAACUUUACCCUACAGAGACAUGGUCUAGCACCUCCUGUUUUCCAGAGUGACCCACCUUACAAGUGUAUGUUCCUGGCAAGAGUUCUAGUUGGGGAAUACACAGUGGGUCAUCCUCAGUACUGCAGACCGCCAUCUAAAGACAUGAGCAUUGCCAACUUCUUUGACAGCUGUGUUGAUGAUAUAAUGAACCCUAAGAUCUUCGUCAUAUUUGACAGCAACCAGAUCUAUCCAGAGUACCUUAUUGAAUUUUACUGACCAACACCGAAACACAAGAAAAACUGCAUAAACUCCAGACUCUGUUGUUUUUUAUUGGGAUGAACUUGAAAACUGAUUUUCCACUGUGGAGAUGGAAACGUAACGGAUCCAAGAAUUUGAAACCUGAAACUGCAGAAGUGCCUUUGGGGCAUUAUGAAUGAAUUUAUGAAUUGAAUACAAUAUGUAUUAUAUCUAAAUGUAGUGUAUUGUUUUAAUGAAACUCACAUGGGUUCACCUACAUGUUCAAUAUUUUGUAUAAAAACUUAGAUUGGACAUCAGUUCCUCUGGUAUAGAUGGUAGCAGUCUCAACCUACAGGUUUUGCAUCUCAUCGAAACAACAUUUACCAUUAUUAAGGCAAGGUUUGCACAGUAACUUAUUUAUUUAUACAAAUUAUUUCAAUUAAAUGAGUUUAGAAUUGCCGAAAAGACAUUUUCUGAAAACAAUGUAGUGGCCAAAAUUUUUUUGGUUCAUUUGUUAAGCUCCAUAUACAGGGAGUCAGACAGUAGAAAAAAAUGAAUAAUUGCAUGAAAGAUGCCUUACUAUAUUUUUUUUUCUUUAAUCUUUGAAUGUGUAGCAGUCCUGCCUUAUAUAUUUUAAUAUGUGUACAAACCCACUGAUCCUGUAUAGUUACAGUAAAACAUGGAUACUGGGUAUCCAAGAAAUGUUUUUUCUCAUUUGCAUAUGUAAUUUUUUUCUUUUCUACCUCAUUAUAUGCACAUUAGCUCCAGAAACAAAGGAAGAAAGUUAUGUGUUGAUGGCCAGUUGUCAAACCAAGUGAUAAAUGCUUGAGCUGUGGGAUUGUCUCAAACAUGCAUUUUCUAUGAGCUAAAGUGUAGAGAAAUAUAAAAAAAUUAUUUAAAAGGGCAUUUAUUUAUUUAACCGACACUUGUACACUUGCGCAGGAUAAUAUAUAAAAAGCAGAUGCAAUGCAAUGUCCAAUAAUACAAGCAGGACAAAAAUGCAAGGUUUAGACGCAUGGAGAAACAAAUCAAGCCUCAAUAACUUACCAGCAUUCCCAUUAUAUCACCAAACAACUUUCAUUUGAUAUAAUGGAUAUAUAAUCUUGAAGGUUUGUUGAUUAUUUUUUUUUCUAGCCAAAAUGCCCUGCACUGGCAAUUGUAUUGAUUCUUAGUAUUUAUAUUGAUUUAUUUAAAAAUGUUAAAUAUGUACUGUAUAAUUUGUUUUAUAACCACUUGUGGUUUUCUCGGUCCUAUACUCUAUCUGCACUGUAAAUGAUGCAACCAGUUACUGUUUGAUGAAUGUUACUUCAGUUACUUAAUUAUUUUAGUAAGAUUAGCACAAACUCACAACUUAAAAAAAAAAAAGACAAGUGUGACACACAAAUCUGAUUGCAAAUAAAUACCAUUGAGUGUAAAUAAAUCAUUUUGUGUUAAGUACAGCACAGUUGGAA